AUGAAACAGAAUAUUCCUGUGGUUGUUAUCGGCCUCGGGCGUGGGCGUGGAAUCAGCGAUAUUCCACCAAUUCUCGAGAACCCGCCUUACUACGUCGCUGCUUGCAUGGACCUCACCGAGGUAGAUGAAGAAUACCGCUACAGUCCUCAUAACCUUGGUGUCAUCCUGCAUAACCUUCAUCCAAGGCCCUGGGCUCUCCUGAUUGGCAUCGCUGUUGACCCUUCUUACACGCAACCUGUAGAGCGCGUGUGGAACGAGUAUGUGGAAAAAGUCUUGAAGCUCGAGAAGAAUGCAUCGAGAGGAUGGUAG